AUGGCGGGUGUCGGCGACACGGCCGCCGGCGCCGCAGCCAUCCCGGGCGGCGGCAGGGACGGCAAGGACCGGGACAACCGCGGCGAGGUGGAGCAGCCGCCGGCCGGAGGCGGCCCCGGCCCCGGCAGCGGCAGCAGCCUCCGCUUUUCCUCGGGCCCCGGCGGCGGCAGCAGCGGCAGCGGCGGCGUCAACGGGCCCCCGCCGCCUCAGCUCACCGAGACCCUGGGCUUCUACGAGAGUGACCGGCACCGGGAGAAGCGCAGGAGCCGCUCAGAGCUUUCAUUGUUGAGGUUCCUCAGUGCUGAACUAACAAGAGGGUACUUCCUUGAACAUAAUGAGGCAAAAUAUACAGAAAGAAGAGAGAGAGUAUACACAUGUAUGCGAAUACCAAGAGAACUGGAAAAGCUUAUGAUUUUUGGAAUCUUUCUGUGCCUGGAUGCAUUUCUCUAUGUGUUCACCUUACUUCCUUUGAGAGUUUUUCUGGCAUUAUUCCGAUUCUUCACUUUGCCUUGUUAUGGCUUAAGGGACAGACGCUUGCUUCAGCCUGCUCAGAUAUGUGAUAUUUUGAAGGGUGUCAUCUUGGUAAUUUGCUUCUUCAUGAUGCACUACGUUGAUUACUCUAUGAUGUAUCACCUGAUAAGAGGACAGUCAGUCAUUAAACUUUAUAUCAUCUACAAUAUGCUUGAGGUUGCAGAUCGUCUGUUUUCAUCAUUUGGCCAAGAUAUUUUAGAUGCUCUUUAUUGGACAGCAACAGAACCUAAAGAAAGAAAAAGAGCCCAUAUUGGUUUGAUUCCUCAUUUUUUCAUGGCUGUGCUUUAUGUCUUUUUACAUGCAAUUCUCAUUAUGGUUCAAGCAACAACUCUCAAUGUAGCUUUUAAUUCACACAACAAAUCACUGCUUACUAUCAUGAUGUCUAAUAAUUUUGUUGAAAUUAAAGGAAGUGUUUUCAAGAAGUUUGAGAAGAACAAUCUCUUUCAAAUGUCCAAUAGUGAUAUUAAGGAACGAUUCACAAAUUAUGUGCUCUUGCUAAUAGUAUGUCUAAGAAAUAUGGAACAAUUUUCUUGGAAUCCAGAUCACCUUUGGGUAUUGUUUCCAGAUGUCUGCAUGGUGAUUGCCUCAGAAAUUGCUGUGGAUAUUGUAAAGCAUGCCUUUAUCACGAAAUUCAAUGACAUUACUGCAGAUGUCUACAGUGAAUACAGAGCUAGCCUUGCUUUUGACCUUGUUAGCAGCCGCCAGAAAAAUGCAUACACUGAUUACAGUGAUUCUGUUGCACGGAGAAUGGGCUUUAUUCCUCUCCCACUGGCUGUUUUACUCAUCAGAGUUGUAACAAGCUCAAUUAAAGUGCAAGGAAUCCUGUCUUAUGCCUGUGUCAUACUCUUCUAUUUUGGGUUGAUAUCACUCAAAAUCCUUAAUAGUAUUGUGCUAUUGGGAAAGUCAUGCCAAUAUGUCAAGGAAGCCAAAAUGGAAGAAAAGUUGUUUGAUCCUCCUCCAACCAGCACACCAGGCAAAACAUCUAGUAAAUCGCAAAACAAAUAUAAAUCUUCCCAAGGGCUUUCUACAGAAGAGACCUUAUCAGCUUCCAUCAUUAGCCAACCUGUACAUCAAAAGGAAAAUACAGUACCAUCACUUGUUACCAGCAAUUCUGAUCAGUUUCUGACAACGCCAGAUGGUGAUGAGAAAGACAUUACUCAAGAAAAUUCUGAAUUAAAACACAGAUCAUCAAAGAAAGAUUUGCUGGAAAUUGACAGGUUUACAAUUUGUGGAAACAGAAUUGACUAAAUUCUUUGACUUUGUGUGCUUAGGAUACUGAGCUUUGGGGCAGCAGAUGCUAUGCUACCAGAAUGGACAAAUGCCAGACAUGGCACUUAAAUAUUUAUUUAAAAACUUAAAUUAUUCAUGGCAAACAUAUUAGUAUCUUCCUUGAUUUGGUUGUUGAUCAGAUCAAGUAACAACAGAGAUCUCUAACUUGCUAUGUGGAAAAUGUGAUGGAUUAUGAAAACCUCUCCCUGCUUGGCAGAGUGACAGUUUUGUUUUUUUUUUCAAUAGACUGAAACAAAAGCAGAAUCCCUUUGGCUUUGUCAAACUGUGUGCUUCCAGAACAUAAAAUGUUGCCUCAUGGCUUCUUCAGUAGAAAAAUAUGCCUGGAAAGCUGUGAAAUCCUUAACGUGAAGCUACCUUCCCAAUGUCCUGUUUCAUAAGCAGUUUUGAAACUUUUACUUCAUCUGCCAAAGCAUUAAAGAGAAAUGAACGUUGAUAAAAUAAAAAGCUACAAUAAAUGUUAUCACCACUCAGAAUAAUCCUUGAAGAUGUAUCUGAACUAAUCAGAAUAAAAGACUAUCUUAAAUGAGACAUGAUGCAUAGUAGCAUUUUAUCUAAAAACUAAAUUAGUGACAGUUUAUAAAACAAGCAAAUUAGAGAAGGGUCUACAUAACUGGGCAAAUCAGUUCUUAUCAUUUUUCCGUUUACUCUCCUGUAAAGAAAAACACAAGAAGGUGUGAGUUGUUUUGUUGCAAUGGGACAAAUAGAAAUUUUGUUACAAAAUGGCACUUUUUAUACUUCAAAAGCAGGGCAGUGUUAACUUUAAGGUACAAUACCUGGUUUCACUUUAUUAUUUAAGUGCUGCAGGAAUCGUUAUGGUGGGAAAGCAUUUAAUGUUGGGUUGGCUGGGGGGAUAAAUGUCUAUAGAGUUGUAUAAAAUUCAGAAAUGUCCCAUUUAUUGAUAGGUUUUUUAAAUGGUAAUUUUAAAAUAAAUCAUCCCAAGCUAGUUUGAACAAUAUUGUCAUGAAGUGCUUGGGUUUUUAAAAUAUGAUGCAGACUUUAUGUGUUCAUCUGUGUGGUAUGCGAAGAGGAGCCAAAAGGUCCUUUGAGUGGAGCUUGAGAUCACGAUUCAUGUUGGCAUAAUUAUUGGACUACAGGCUGCAUCAUGAGACAAGUUAGUUCCCAUCCUAUUUUAUCCAGAGAAUGCUUCAUGCAUUUUUAUAAAAAGAGUACAACCUCUAUUUUCUGAACUAUCAAAAAGCUUUCAUUAAUGUUAACUAUGUUAUUUCCUUUUAAUUUUGGAUUUCAAACACCACGUGGAUAGUUCAGGUUUAUUAAAUGCAUAAGGUAUAUUUUUGGUUAAAGACUAGUCUCCUGCUGAAUGGAAGAAAAGCAAGCUUUAAGCCUUAGGUUUGUGCAUUUCAAAUGAGAAAGUUCAUUCGGAAUAAUUUGUACUGAUUAAAGAAAUUGAAAGACUUGUUCAUAGAAAAGAGAAGAUUGUAUGGACAUGCUUUUGUGAAACCGAAAGGAAUUUGUAAUUAAAAUGAAAAGAGAGUUUUGACUGAUUUUUAUGAGAAAGUACCACUUUAGCAUUAUUCUUUCCUCCAUCCUCUCCAUUAACAGAAACAGCAAGAAUCCUAUAUAAGGUGAAUGCGAAUAAUUUCGGGGACAUAAUGGGUGGGAUUUGACCCUAAUUAAAGAACAGUAUUUGUUUUGAAUACAUUUUGUGUUCAUGCAGAGAAUGAUACUUUAAAAUUCAGUUUGAAUUAUUGAAUAAAUGUGAUGUCAUAUUUUUUAAUUUUUUCAGUUACUUUGCAGUUUCUAAAGGGAUUUUGGGAUAAUAUUCAUUUCUUCUGUUAAAAUGACAUUCAGUACCAAUUUUAUAAGUGCAUCUUGUG